GCCAUACUUCGUCGUUGACGUCUCCGCAGCACGGUGGCUUGUUCGUGGAGUCUCAGCCCGGUCAGGGUCCCAGACUGACUAAGGAGCGGUAGCCCCUGGGAAGCGAAUGAAGAAACACCUUCUUCUUCUCUUCACGUACAGAGGACUUGUGAGAAAAGGAAAAAAGAACAAGAGACGAAAAUGGCCAAUUUUAUCAUACGGUCAGCUGUGCCCGGAGACUGUAAGGACCUAUUGCGACUCAUAAAGGAAUUGGCAAAAUAUGAAGAUAUGGAGAACCAAGUAGUAUUAACUGAGAAAGAUCUUUUAGAAGAUGGCUUUGGAGAACAUCCCUUCUACCAUUGUCUUGUUGCUGAAGUACCGAAGGAGAAUCAAACUGUUGAUGGCUAUACGAUUGUUGGCUUUGCUAUGUACUACUUCACAUAUGACCCAUGGAUAGGGAAGCUUCUGUAUCUUGAAGACUUCUUUGUAAUGAAUGAAUUCAGAGGGUCUGGAAUUGGAUCAGAAAUAUUCAAGCACCUGAGUCAGAUUGCUGUGAAGUGUCGCUGUAGCAGUAUGCACUUCCUGGUAGCAGAGUGGAAUGAGCCAUCUAUCCGUUUCUACAAGAGACGUGGAGCAUCUGAUCUUUCCACUGAAGAAGGCUGGCGCCUGUUUAAGAUCGACAAAGAGUACUUGACCAAGAUGGCAGCUGAGGAGUGAAACCCAAUAUAUCCCAGAGGAGAUCCUUAAAUAAAAUAUCUUUUCUUUGCUUGUUAUGUAGUGUUUACACGGUAACUAAUUCAGAAGCUUUAGUACCAGUGGCAUUGUAGCAUGAGGUAUCACUCACCAGCGCCCCCCCCUCAAAAUCCUUUAUGAUCCAAGAUUGUUCAGAGAGCCCUCCAAACAGAAGAUCCUCAGUUACAUGUAAAUAUAACUUCAUUCUUGUAAGUCGUGUGAUUGUGUACAAUGUACACACUGGUAUUUAAGGUUUUUGUAUAAUUAACCUGUUUUUACGAAUUAAAGAGCAAAGUUUGUUCUGCC